UGUGUGACACUAUUUUGAUUUGGACUCGGCUGGCUGAGACGCGCAGCGAGAGAAGAAGGAGGUGGACGAGGGGGGAGGGACGGGAGCGACUGGGAAGCCGGAACCGUUCCAAGCGAGGUCGGGAGCAGCGCCUGCAAGACACCCACCCACCCGCCCAGCCGAGCCCUCCCUUCCUCUGCCCGCCGCCACAGCAGCACCAGUCACGGAACCCCCCUUCCUCCCUCCCCCGGUGGCGGCGGGAGGAGGAGGCGGCGGCGGCGGCUCAGGAGGGGCUCGGAGGUGUCCGCCUCGCCGGUUGGAGGCGGCGGCGGCAGCGCGGGCGGUAGUGGCGGCGGCUGUGGGAGGCGGAGGCGGAGCCGGUGUCGAAGAAGGGAUGCUGAGGCAGAAGAGAUGAUUGUUCAUUUGCACUAAGGCUUGGAACUGCCUAUUGAACAAAAGUCCUGACCAGGCAACAUACGAAUGGCCCAAGGAAGCCAACAAAUAAAUUUUCAGGUUUUACAUGACCUGCGCCAAAAAUUUCCUGAGGUACCUGAAGUUGUUGUGUCCAGAUGCAUGUUACAGAAUAAUAAUAACCUGGAUGCCUGUUGCGCAGUUCUCUCUAAAGAGAGCACAAAAUAUCUCUACGGUGAAGGAGACAUUGGUUUUUCAGAUGAUUCUGGGAUUCCCGGUCUGCGAAAUCACAUGACAUCCCUUAAUUUGGAUUUGCAGUCUCAGAAUGUGAUUCUCCAUGGAAGAGAAGGAAGUAGAAUGAAUGGAAGUAGGACUUUAGCUCAUAGCAUUAGUGAUGGGCACCUUCAAACCAGCCAGUCCAACAGUGAACUGUUUCAUCAGGAACCACAGACAGCUCCAGUCCAGGUUCCACAGGGAUUCUUUGGCAUAUCUAAUACUGUUAGUACUUCUAAUCCAGGGCAGCAUUUUGGAUUUCACUUGGGCAGCAAAGGAACACCUGGCUUGGCUCAGCAAACACCUAGAUUCAACCCCAUUAUGGUAACUUUAGCCCCAAAUAUUCAGCCCGGACGGAAUACCCCUACAUCUUUGCACAUACAUGGUGUACCUCCAAUAAAUAGUCCACAAGGCAAUUCUAUCUAUAUUAGGCCUUAUAUCACAAAUCCAAGUGGUACAGCUCGCCAAACUCAGCAAAAUCCAGGCUGGACGUCUCAGUAUAAUCCUAUGCAUUCUCAACAAAACUACCAGCCUUCACAUACAAAUCCCUGGACAACCCUUCCCACAACCAGUUCCUCGUCGCAUACCUCAUCGCAACAAUCAACACAGCCAAACCAGCAAGGCCAUCAGACCUCCCAUGUCUAUAUGCCCAUAAGUUCUCCUACUACUCCACAAGCACCUACAAUUCAUUCAUCUGGUAGCUCGCAAUCAUCUUCCACCCAGAGCCAAUACAAUAUUCAAAAUAUCUCUACAGGACCUCGUAAAAACCAAAUUGAAAUCAAACUUGAACCACCACAAAGAAACAGUUCGUCGAAACUGCGUUCAACUGGCCCCCGCUCAUCCUCUAACUCCUCUUCCCUCAACAGUCAGACUCUAAGUAGAAGUCAGCCCACUGUUUACAUAGCUGCCAGUCCACCAAAUACUGAUGAAAUGACCACACGAAGUCAGCCUAAGGUCUACAUUUCAGCCAAUCCUUCUACAGGAGAUGAACAACUUGUUCGGAAUCAACCCACACUCUUCAUAUCAACAAAUCCAGGAGUUACUGCCACGUCUAGGAAUAUGUCUGGUCAAGUAAGCAUGGGACCUGCGUUUAUUCACCACCACCCUCCCAAGAGCAGAACAGUGGGCAACAAUGCCGCUGCCACCUCUCCCCGAGUGGUUGUUACACAGCCUAACACAAAAUACACUUUUAAAAUUACUGUUUCUCCAAAUAAACCCCCUGCGGUUUCACCUGGUGUGGUGUCCCCAACCUUUGAACCUACAAAUCUUCUAAACCUUCCAGAUCACUUUGCAGAGACGGAAGGUAUCCAACACCUUACUGACCCUGUUCAGUACCCACAUGUCGAUAGGAUUAGUGAGGCACGAAAACUGAGUAUGGGAUCUGAUGAUGCUGCCUAUACACAAGCUUUGCUAGUACAUCAGAAGGCUAGAAUGGAACGGCUUCAACGAGAACUUGAGAUUCAGAAGAAAAAGCUAGAUAAACUAAAAACAGAAGUCAAUGAAAUGGAGAAUAAUCUAACACGAAGGCGCCUGAAAAGAUCAAAUUCUGCUUCCCAAAUUCCUUCACUUGAAGAAAUGCAACAGUUAAGAAGUUGUAACAGACAACUUCAGAUAGACAUAGAUUGCCUAACCAAAGAGAUUGAUCUUUUUCAAGCAAGAGGACCACAUUUUAAUCCCAGUGCCAUUCAUAAUUUUUAUGAUAAUAUUGGAUUUCUAGGUCCUGUGGCACCAAAGCCUAAAGCAGAUCAGAGGUCCAUUGUCAAAACACCAAAGACUGUACCUGAUACAGAGGAAUACGAGGGAAAUCAUUGGAGUUGUACUGCUUGUACUUUUUUAAAUCACCCAGCCUUAAACCGUUGUGAACAGUGUGAAAUGCCCAGGCAUUUCUGAGCCAGGGAGGCUCACUUAUCUUCUGUAAAUCCAACCUUUUGACUAUUGUGUCAUUUCCUUGGGAUAAAUAAUCAUUUAUGCAUAGGAUUUUGUAAAAUUGAACGUGUGACAAGGUUUAUUACUAAUGUUAAAUGUCAUGCUACAGAGAUAAUACCUCAGUGUUGUGCUGCAGGCAGCUGAAAUUCAUCAGCUGGAAGGUAAUCUCCUGAAAGACUUGGCUGCCAGCUGCCUGAAUCAUGUACAGUAUUACCAGAACCCCAGUAAGAGUAACUCUCAUCAUGUUCAGUGCUUGGGUGUUCCCCAACCGCCUUCCUCCACAGAUGUCACUACUGAAUUUUGACAGGGGAAGGGAUUAGAUUGAUGGCUUUUGGGUUGUUUGUAAAGCUUUCAGUGAAACACUACAUUCACCGAGGAAAUGGAAAGGAACAAGCUGAAAGUGUGUUAAACUGUUUGCUGCUGCAUAGGGAUCGUGAAUUGUAGAACUUCACAAAUCAGUGGUACUCUUCGCCUUGUCUUCCCAGCAAAAACACAGCUCUGCUCUGCGAAGACGCAAAUCAGUACAAUCAUGUCUGAAGAUGAAAAAGAAACUGCAUGCUUUGUCUGUACAAUACUCACAGUGAAUACCCCCAAAGCUUUUCCUACUGUACAUAGCUCUAGAGCUGCUUUAAGUGCCUUUCUUUUCUUCACCUUUUAUUAUUUCUUGUACUUCUUAAUGUAUAGUGUAAUAGUUUUUGUUAACUUUCUUUUUCCCUUUAAGUGAUUAUGCACGAUCAUGACCCUUUUUUAAAAAGCUUUUGAUCUGAGAGAAGCGGUGCCUUAAAAUAAGAGCAAUAAUAAACAAUGCACAAAUAGCUCUCCACUGCCUGUUCUGUACGUUGCUCUUGUAAAUGCUGAUGAUCUGUGAAGAACUGCAGAUGCAGCAUGGUGAAAAUGCAGGAAAAGUUGGAGUAUAUGCAUAUAGUUCACUCUGUACACUGAUUUUUACGGUGGGUGACACAAUGUAAUAUUUUUGUCUGGCACAAGGAAACAGAAGUUUAAAGUAUGUUCAACCCACCAAUGGAUCAGCAUCUUAAUAUGCUUGCUUCAUCUGCUGGAUAUUUUGCAAAUUCUUUAAGGGAUUAUUACUGGGGAAGUACAUACAGUACACAAAACAGUAGCAGUAGCAUAAAACAUCAAUGCUAUCAAUAUCUUGGCAGCCAGUUUCUAAACCCGAUUUGGUAGAGAAUAGCAAUAGUGGGAAAUACAGGAAAAGAGAAAUCAAGCAGACUUGAACACUGAAGCAAUACUAAGCAUCUCUCUUAUUUUCAUAGUCCUUGCUCUUUGAUCUAAAGGAAAGCAUUCAGGUGACAAGGAGCACAUAACUGAAACCACAAAUGGUUUUUUUAAUGCUCUCUUGCAUACCACAAAAAAGAUGUAGCAUCUCUUAGGAUAAGACAGGAGAGAGUGCUUAAAUGUAGCAAGAGACAAAGUAGACUGUCACCCACUGUAAAUAAUUUCCAGUGGACAUUUUUAACAGGAAUUUUACAAGUGAUCUAUGAAUACAAAGGCCUUUGUUUUAAAGGCUUUGAAUUUUUUAAAAUAUGGGAAUAAAAUGACUGUCCCAAGUAAUUAGUCAGUAGAACCAAAGUACUUGCAUUGAAUGCAUUUUGUUUAUUAAAAAAAGAAGCCUUGUUUUUCAGCUUCAUCUGCAGUUCUAUGUGAAGAUUGACAAAUCAAUUUUUACCUGUUUUAUUAAUAAAACCUAAUUUGGA